AAAGUGAACUGUGAAGAGAUUGGAAGAGAUGAUCGCGAUGAAAGUUGGGUGGAAGAAAAUUUGAUUUAUUUGUAAUUUGCUACUACAGCCAUGAAUCGGGGGCCACGCGUGGAGCCCACUCCGCCCGAGUGCGCUCUCGCGGCGGAGAUGUUCGACCACUUCUGCUCGGCGGGCACUAUGAAACAGAUACUGGCCCUACAUAGAGAGAUUUGCAACACGCUGAAUUUGAAGCCGAAUAGACUGCCGGAUUUCUAUCCUAAGUUAAAGGCGAAACUAGCGGCGUCAUGGAAAGCUCAAGCCCUCUUCAAGAAGUUCGACGCGCGCGCAAACCACAAGGUGUACAAUAAGGGGAGGAUGUGUCCGCAGACCAAGGUGCUGAUCAUUGGAGCUGGGCCGUGCGGCUUGAGGGCUGCCAUAGAGUGCCAAUUGCUUGGAGCUAAAGUGGUGAUAGUAGAGAAACGGGACAGGAUAUCACGUAACAACGUGUUACACCUGUGGCCAUUCGUCAUACACGACCUCAAAGCGCUGGGCGCCAAGAAGUUUUUCGGGAAGUUCUGCGCAGGCUCCAUAGAUCACAUCAGUAUUAGACAACUGCAGUGUAUAUUGAUGAAGGUAUCGUUGCUCCUUGGGGUUGAGAUUCACGAAGGUGUUGGUUUUGAAGAGCUAUUGGAGCCCACAGUGACGCGUAACUCAGAAAUUCUAGGCUGGCGUGCUCGUGUGUCUCCCCAAGAGCACCCUGUAUCACAGUACGAGUUCGACGCGCUCAUAGGAGCGGAUGGGAAAAGGAACACCCUGCGGGGAUUUAAAAGGAAGGAGUUCAGGGGAAAACUGGCCAUGGCCAUCACUGCCAAUUUUAUUAAUCGACACACGGAGCAAGAGGCUGCGGUGCCUGAAAUCAGCGGAGUCGCGUUUAUUUUUAACCAAAAAUUCUUCAAAGACUUGAACGAGAUGACAGGGAUCGAUCUAGAGAAUAUAGUGUAUUAUAAGGACGAUACUCAUUAUUUUGUUAUGACAGCUAAGAAGCACAGUUUGCUGGACAAAGGAGUGCUGCUAAAUGACUUCUCCGAAGUAUCCCGUCUCCUCAGCGUGGAGAACGUGGACCGAGCCGCGUUGAUGCGGUACGCGCAAGAGGCGGCCCGCUUCUCGACAGACGGCCGCUUGCCGCUGCGGGACUUCGCGCUCAACCACUACGGGGAGCCCGACGUGGCGCUGUUCGACUUCACGUCCAUGUACGCGGCCGAGAACGCGAGCAUUGUAUACGAGCGGCUCGGCCGUCGUCUGCUCUGCCAGCUAGUGGGGGACAGUUUAUUAGAGCCGUUUUGGCCCACGGGCUCAGGGUGUGCGAGAGGGUUUCUAUCCGCGUUGGACUCCGCGUGGGCGGUGAGGGCCUGGGGGCAGUCGCCGCACCCGCAUCCCUUGCAAGUGAUCGCUGAGAGGGAGAGCAUUUAUCGGCUGUUGGCGCAAACAACGCCAGAGAACUUACACCGCGACUUCGGCGGGUACACGCUGGACCCGGGCACCAGGUACCCGAACCUCAACAGGACGGCCGUCACUCCGCACAGAGUUACGUCGUUCUACGAUUCCGACGAUCCCCUGUCUUUGGAUACCUCUACGCUGCCCAAGAAACGACGUAGGGACCCAGAAAUACCGGAAGAGGCUCUGAUCGCGUGGGUGGGGUACCAGAAGCCGGGAAUACGUGCGGCGGCUUCACCGGCCGCUCUAUACGACCUGGUGAAGCGGUACAGGCCUGACCUGUUGGCCGACUUGUUGGUCGACCAGAUGAGCGACGACGCCGAGUGGCCGAUAUACCACGUGCUGCAACGGGAGUUUGGUAUCCCUCCGUUCUCUACAAACCAGAAAAUACAAGACGUGCCAGAAGCUAAGCUACGCUCGUAUCUGACUCGUGUUUAUUACGCGUUCAAGGGCGAAGUACCGCAUAUUCACCAUGAGUCCAAUAUGUUUGAUCAGAUAAAACAAAGCCAACAGAAGGAUAAAAGCAUACGCAACACAGCUGAACAGUCAAUAUCUGCUUAUUCAUAUGCCGCCGACAUGGACAAAUCGCACUCGACAAAUAAGAAACGGCGCACCAUUCACGUGGUUCAAGUAAGUAACGAUCCAGCUGAGUACAUUAGGAAACAGAUUGGGAAGUUAGAUCUUAAUGAUAUCUCACAAUUAGCUCGACUAAUAGAAGGCCACGACGCCAUAUCGGACACGGAACACAAUGCAGACAAACAAAAAGAACUGCAGGAACAGAUAUUGGCUUUGUUGGACCCAGAAGACUCACCAGACCCCACUUUGGUCAGGGCGUCUUUAUCUCAAUUACUUCAAGGCAGUUCUAAAAUAAGAGUCAAGGAAACACCAGAAGAAGCUCAUGUUAAACGAUAUUUUGUUAAUGAACAAUCUUCGGUGAAGAAACCUACACGUAAACUUAAAGGACUCGAUCCGAGCACUAUCGUAGUACCAGAUUUUUCGUCCAUAUUCCAAAACGAAUCUACUGAUACAGAUGACACGUUGAUUGCAAGUAAGAUGUCACCUAAAAUAGGGCAUACGAAACACGAAAAGAUGCUUAUUCGAUCACGUUCUGCGGAAUCACCAGAUCUUGAACCGAGAAGAUUGUCCGAAAUCAUGACACGCAGAAAAAAUUCAGAUUCGAUGUUACAGUGUGGUCGGGCCAACUCUAUAGGGUCUACAGAAACCGGAUAUAACAUAAAAGAAAUCACCAAUUUGUUUGAAGGUCGCAAAAAGAGACAAACGUCCGGCUCGCUCACUCGUCACAUGCGUUCUGAGCCUAAAGAAACACCAGAAAGGGUUUUACGCUGGCAACAAAUGGCAGAUAUAAUUGAAGGCAAGAAACAGGACACACAAGUGUAUGAUACCUCUAAACGGGUUGAAUCCAUUGGGAAUCCGGAAAUGGCGUUGCGCAGACAAAAGGUUGCGGAACUAAUUGUAGGCAACAAACCUCGCCAAGUAACCGAGUCUGUGACGUCACAGCGAAGAAAUUCGGGCGAAUUAGCCUUCAGAAUGCAGCGCGUAUCAGAUAUGAUGGAAAAGAAGAAGGAAGAAGCGAAGCGACAUAAGGGCGGAGGUAAAAGGAAAGCGGCUCGGGAAAUAAUGAAACAACGAUUCGAGAAAAGUCUGCAAAUGUUAGCAGUUGAGCCACGUAUGAACUUUACGCCGUCCACAGACUUAGAGAAUGAUUACGGUCUCCAGCAGUACAGAGCGAGCGCGCCGCAAUUCGACGAACGCGUUAAAAAACUUGAGAAACAACUACAGCACUAUGAGGAAGGCAAGGUGGUCAGCGGUAGGACUAGAUUCUCAAUAGGUGGUGGUGAGAGAGUCGCCAGGCUGGCCGCUGAGUUGGCGAACACAAGCAACGUGGCAUCUACCCCAUUACCCAAAGCUACGAAACCAAAAGAUCUCAUGAGAUCCGUUGGCAAGAUCAAUAGAGAGGACUGGAAUGUUAAGGAAAUUGAAAGAAAAAUAACUGAGAAUAGGUUGGGCAGGCCCGAACCGAAAACCGCUGAAAAAGUGCCGAAGUGGGAUAGAGAACAGUUUUUAGGCCGGCAAAGGAAGCUCAAAGAGGGAGAUUCAAAUGAUGAAAAGUGGGGUGAGAUCGAUGAGACUAUUCAUAAAAUCGACCAGCAAUUGAAAGACUCUGGGAGACCUAUGCUUGGAACGAAAAAGGUAGCCAAUUUAGCAACGAAAUUUGUUAAAAAGGACGAUCCUUCGCCUAAUAAAUCGCAGUCGAGUAGAAAGGAAUUGAAGGAGAAAAAAAUAUGGCGUGGGCCGACGUCCGCCGGCAAGCAGUGCACCGCGUGCGGGACGCGCGUGUUCGCUGCUGAGGGUGUGACAGCGGACGGGCUGAACUUGCACCGCGCGUGCUUCCGCUGCGCCGUGUGCAAAACGGUGCUGCGGCCCGGGAGUUACACCAUGGAGCGUUACGGGACGCGGCUAGUGUGCCUCCGUCACUCCGGUGUGGAUGUGCCCGAGGCCGGGUCGGCUGUGGCCACUAGGAACGAGUAUAAAUACGCGGCUUCCACGCCCGAGAGGAUCAGUAUAGAGCUGUCCGAUGGCGGCGCGAGGGAGAUCGACGAGGACGAGUGGACGGAUAGGAACUUUUUAGCUUCGGAAACUUCGGGAGCUGGGGGAUUGAGCGACGACGACGACUCGAGCACGGACGAGUACGUGGACGUGGAGAGCGAAGCGGAGGCGGAUCGUUCCGGCGAGCAAGCCCCGCCACCAGCGCACUCCAACAUUUACUUCUCCGACGAUUCCUUCGGAUAUGACGAUUAUUCGGAUGAUGGCGGCGAGUCGUCCGGCGGCGAGUCGUGUUCGCGCAUGCGCGAGGCCCGCGAGGCGCGCCGCCGCGAGGUGCCCGCGCACGCGCCGCCGCCCUCCGACAGCAGCGAGAUCGAGUCUGAUGAGGAGAGUGAGUCAAGUGAUGAGGAAGUGUCGUCAGCGACUGAAGUAUCCACCGAUAGUGAGUUUGCUCGCGAAGAAAGUGCGCCGGUGCCUUCGCCCCCCGCCAUAUUGGUCACGGAGGCGCCGCCCCCGGCCCCGCCCCCUCCACAAGACUACCCCUUAAGCAGAACCAAAUCAGCUGGCGGUCUAGCCACUAAACGAGCACUAGAACUCAAAAGGAAGUACUUGCUCGGGGAACCCUCGCCGCCAGCUGUCAGAAAAUCAGACUCCACUUCCCAGCUAGAUACCAAAUUAGAAGCUUUUCGAUCUAAUAUCACUGAAUUCCAGAAAAUGUUACACCCAGCGACUACGCCCACGCCACAAACGACUUCGCCCUACCUUUCCUUUCAAUUUACACUCGACGAGAAGAAAGCUCAACCGGACAUCCCAGAUAUAAUCAAAAACUUAUGCAAUGAUGUCCCCGUAGAUUUACUCACGAAAGGUGAUUCACCGAUUUGUAAGAACGAUUGGAGGACGCCUAUCAAAGAAGAUGAGAAACAACCAGAUUUAGAAACGGACUCCUUAUCAGAUGACUCGUCUCAUACGGAGACUCUGCCCAACCAAUCUGUGCCGAGAGUCGAAGUCCACGACGAAGGUGGAGAGUUAAUACAGUUAGAUAGCUUAAUUCUAGCCAAUAAUGAAACCGAUGACGUAGAUGAAAAAAUAUCAGGAACCGCCACCGCAUCCGGCCCUACAGUUGUAGCAGUUGAAUCGGAAUCUUCCGAGUCAUGUAAAGACGCGACCACUUUAGCCUUAACUGAAACAGAACUAUCAGACUGGGCGGCAGAAAGUGCGGUGUUAGACGACUGCGGUAUGGAUGAAAAUACAGAGAGAAAGAGAAAUAAAAAUCCUAGAACAUUGAGCGGCCCUAAAUUGAUUCACGAUGCCAAAAACAUUGCAGCCAUAGCGACACACGUUUGUGGCAGAAGUAGUCCCCCAGAAGUUGUUUAUUCGAAUGCGCCUGAACACUUUGAAUUCGCCGAUGAGGGAGAUCAAGAUCUUUCUAUUGCGGCUCCAACUACACCUCGUAACGAUGGUUACAUGGAACUAGUAGAUGAUGAUUAUGAACCGUAUUCCACGAGUAAAGAUCGAUCGAUUAAUUUCAUAGAGAGAGCUUUUUCCGACACAACUAUGAAAUCUGAUCCCAACGACACGUUAGACAAGAUUACCUCAAACUUGUCCGAAACAUUAGAAUUUAUAGACAGCCCCGAUUCAAAAUCGGAGAGUAUAUUGAAUGACAUCGAAGUUGUAUCGAAACCUCCGUCUACUUCAAAUACCAGUGAGAAUGGCCAGAAAGCAGACUAUAUAGAAAACUCGAGCAGUAUGUCUAAUAACAUAAGCAAAGAUAUCGAAGAUAGUAGUAUUAGUAUGAAUGAAGGACUGAAUGUUGUACAAUCCAAAAUUGGCUCCCUGAGCCUGUCAGAUAUAUCGCCACCGUUGGUGAGUAUCGACGCUGAUAAAAAUGUAGCUAUCGAUAAAAUUAAAGAAGACUCGAUAGACGACAUUUCGCCUCCAUUGGCAUCCGAAAAAGGAUACAGUAUUAAAUCAGUGAAUACUCCAAGAAAAAUUACUCUACCGCCAAACUUAAGGACUUAUUCGCCGGCUAUAUGUCGGUCUGCAAGCGAGACGUUCAAUAGGUCGAACGUGCAUAUUACAAAUUCGCCUUCGCAAAGUGUGAAUUGGUCCCUAUCUGGAAAUUUCAGCUCUAGUCGAUUGUCUCCCGAGACUCCUCCUAUAGACGCCGGUAAAGUCGAUAAGGUGCAAGAGUUGAAGCGUGAAAGAGAAGAACAGACUGAGGUGGUGAGAAGGCUGGUGCUGGAGAGACUCGGGGCGCCCAAGGUGUGCAGGAAGUCGACGCGGAGGAGUAGGAUCUCGCCGUCGAGUUGUAUCCCGCCGCCGGUGCCCCCGCCGCCCGUGAUGGCCCCGCCCUCGCCCGUGCUGUCCGCCCCGCCCCCGCCCCCGCCCCCGCCGCCCCCCGUCUACCCCGAACUACCCCCCCGACCGGCUCCGCCACUAAUGUCCUUAUCCAUUCAGUCUUCUUUUUCUGAUCCAGAAUUAACGAGACAGAGAAGGCCCAAGGGUUUCAUGAAGAGUAUAUCCAAUUAUUUCAAUAAACGCCUGGGACCUCGGCAUAAGUGUGUAUCGGAGCCGGACCUGACGACGCACCCCGUUAGUCAUGGAGCUCAUAAGUCUUUGGGAGCACUAGAGGCUCCCCCAGUGCCACCGCCGCCCGUGUGUUACAGUCCUCCUUGCGCGAGUAGGUCGCCUGAGAGGUCUUCAGCGGAGCAACAGGCGGCGACAGUCGCAGAGAUCGUACAGGUAUCGGCGCAACGGGAGGCACAUCAAGCACUAAUGGCGGCGGACAGGAGGCGCAACGCUACAAACAGUGUGGGCGAUUAAGGGCCAAGGACUCAUCUGAUAUAUUCAUUCUGUAUUUAAACACUCAAAUUGUUACAAUUGCAACAAAAGAAAUUACGUCUCGGUGAAGCGCACGUAUAUUUUUGACGCAACCUGUUCAAAUAGAUGGAAUUUCAUUAUGAUUUAUUUAUUUUCAAAAAAUGUCUCGGCAAAAUGUAAUACCACUGAGAGUUUUUGAAAUAAUAGAACAUAAUAGUAAUAUCUUUACGUUAGAAAUGCAUGAUUUUUAUUUUUAAGACUUUUUAAUAACAAAUUAUAUUAUGAAUAUUUGACAAAAUGUAACGUUGCUUACAUGAAAAGCAGUUGACAUAUUGAAUUUUUGAGAUUUUUGCUUGGAAAAUGUUUUGGAAGUAUAAAUGAACGUUUUAGGCAGACUGCUGACGCGCUUUGUGCGAAGGUGGCCAAGUGAUCUAUGCACUAUUGGGUUACGUGACAAUGCAAUGUAAAACAAAUAUAAAUGUCGUUCAAUUUUGUACGCAUAUCUCUUGUGUUGCAACAACACUUGAAUAUGUAUGUCGCCUUGUAUUAUAGAAAUUAUUAAUGUUAAGAUAAGUUUACCAUUCAAAUAGAGCUUUAUUUAUAUUUUUUUAAUUGAUUAGUAUGUACAUGUAUUUUUUCAUGGUUAAUUAGACGAGUAUUAAAUUGUUCUCAAAUUUUUAUUACAACCGCAACAUCGACAAUAGAAUCGUUCGUUGAACAUUUUUAUACCUUUUUAUAGUAAUGAUUAUUUGUAAUCGACAAUGCUCCAAAGAUACUGCACGCUGAGUUUCGUAGGGUCGUCGUGAUCAUCAUAAUAUACUGAGCUAAUCGUUUUAUUUAGCAUUUACAGUCUGUCUGUCUUCUGGUCCUCUUUCGGAAUGCCAAAAGCUCAUCGCAUUUAAGUAUUAAUUGUUGCGGGUAGUUGUAUGUGUAGGUACAAAUUUUUGUCAGGUUUAACUGGGCGGUACACACGAUCGGUUGGCUUCAGCGGUGUUAAUUCAUGUCACAAAUCGAGAUUCCAAUGGAAUUUAACGGUGUGCUAGAUAUGCCAAAUAAGUUGCAGUGUUCGAUGAUUCAUUCUAUACUGGGAUAAUGGUUUGGGAUCCCUUUUCUGUUCUGAUGUCAAUUAUUUCAUUUCUACCUUUUCUAAUUGUGGGUUGGAAGAGGUCAAGGAGCUGUCUGUUUAACUCUCAUGAUCUGAGUUUCUGAAGUCUAUAUUCAGUAAUUUGUCAUAGCAUUUUCAUAGUUUUCAUUUGCGUAGUUUUAUAAAAAUCGAAACUUGUAGUACAAUUUCAAAAACAAAUUAUCCCAAACGUACAUCAUAAGCCAUCGGACACUGCGAUGUAUGUAGAAAUUAGUGGUAAAAAUAUUUUUGAAUAUAGAGUUGUAUGUGCAAAUAUUUUCUGAAUUGUGUAAUAUUUUUAAUAAUUAUAGUGUAUAUUAUGCCUAAAUGCUUUCGCUUGAUUGCCUAAGAUUUAUAGCCCUUUUUACAUGUUUCGAUCGAACUCGGUAUAUUAAUGGAAUGAAAAAAAAAAUCGAAACUUUGAUGUAAUUUUAAAAUUGUGCUUAAGCCAUUGUUACGGCUCUGAUUAUGAUUUUAUCAAAAUAAGUUAAUUGGAAUAUACGCUCUCUUAUUUCUAAGCAACUUAGUCAGUUAACAAAACACUUUGAAUUUGAAUGAUUUAUAAUAAUUGCUAUAUCAUAACAGUGAAUAGUUCGAUACAAUAACAUUAUAAAUUUAGUGAACCGCGCGUUGUGACAGCACUUCAAUUCGGAGUAUUUUUAUUUAUAUUAAGUAUUUUAUGGGGUACUUGGAAAAAGGGGAUUUCUUAGAAUUAUUAUUAUUAUUUUAGAUUUUCCUUUUCUAUCAGUAACAGAAAACAAUUAUUACCUUGGAACUAUAAUAUAUCUAUAUUACAUAAGAGUUGCUAAUAAUUAAUUUAUGAGAAAUACAACUUGUGAAAUCGAGUUAAAUAAACGAAAUAAUGAUCACACAAUAAUAUUUAUUACUUUCUUAUAUCAUUUUCUUUAAAUAAUAAUAGUCUAAGAAAUUCCCUUAAAUAAUUAUUCAGUGAAAAAUUAAGGCUAUGAUGUUUCUAUGUUCGUUGAAAUUUAUAUGGAUAAGAAUAAAACAUAUUAUUAUAAUUUUAUAAGUAAUGGCAGACGUUCCUUACUGUAAAAUAUGCAAUAAUUAUCAGAAAUUAUAUGGAUCCUGGGGGAAAACAUUACUAUAAAGUUAGAUUCGAGUUUAUCAACAAAUUAGGCAGGCUAGAGUGCUGUCGGGUUUCUGGUGAAAGCUGGUGAUGAGACAUUAUAAUAUUUCUAGUGUUUUCUAUAGUGUGAUGAAGUGUUGAAGCGAGGUUUACGGGCUUUGGUCUUCGUGUGCUCCGUUGAAACUUUAUGAAAAUAUAUUUUCUAUUACAAUUUUAUGUAUAUUUAAAAAAUAAUGGACCGUUUGAAAUUUAAUCAUCAACGUGAAUUUGUACUCGUUCAUAUUUUGCAUUUUCACUAAGUAAUUUUAAGAUAUAAAAAAAUUCUUGGAACUAUUCUAUAUUGAACACACAUUAAUAUUUUGUCCAUUAAUGUAUGUGAAUUAUAUAAAUAAUAAGCUGUGCAUGUAUAUAAUAUUUUUCAAUUAUAAAUUUUUAUAAUUUUAUUAUAUACUAGCUUCCG